UCCUUUGCAGACACCGUACGAAGUUUCCUGCGUUGGGAGGGUUUAACUGCCCGGAAACGGAAGGCUCGCUCUUUUCCGUUCCCUUCGGUUCUCCGCGUUAGUUGUAAGUGUCUCCGUCUGUCCGCGAGGAAAGGUGCCGGUCCUCGCCGUCUGCGUGCCUCGUCGCCAUGCCCCGGAAAAUUGAGGAAAUCAAAGACUUCCUGCUCACCGCCAGGAGAAAGGACGCCAAAUCUGUCAAGAUCAAGAAAAACAAGGAUAAUGUGAAGUUUAAAGUUCGAUGCAGCAGGUACCUUUACACCUUGGUCAUCACAGACAAGGAGAAGGCAGAGAAGCUGAAGCAGUCCCUGCCCCCAGGUUUGGCAGUGAAGGAACUGAAAUGAAUCAGACAGGCCGAUUUGGACUACAUUAAAGUGUUUAAAAAGCC